AUUGGAUGCCCUGCCUAGUGCUUGUCUGUGCUAAGCCAUGCUGGACUUCCUUGUUGAUGAUCGGGGAUCUGUGAUUACGAUCUACAAGAAGAGGACCUGUCAUCUCGCACGUGUCUGUCAUGGUUCACAUUCGGGGAGCAGGGUGCACCCCUUUCUCUCACAGUGACUCUUCUAAGACUACAGAAGGUACCGAGUGUCCGGUCGGCAGGUCUCAUGUGAUAUGUAUGGUUUCGGACUUCUUUUAUCCAAACAUGGGUGGUGUAGAGAGUCACAUUUAUCAGCUAUCCCAGUGUCUGAUCGAGAGGGGACACAAAGUCAUCGUUGUCACUCAUGCCUACGAGGACCGCAAGGGGAUCCGCUACCUCACCAAUGGCCUGAAAGUCUACUACUUACCUCUGAGAGUCAUGUAUAACCAGUCUACAGCCACCACCCUGCUGCAUAGUCUACCCCUCCUCAGGUAUAUCUUUGUAAGGGAAAGGGUUAGCAUUGUUCAUUCGCACAGCUCUUUUUCUGCCAUGGCCCAUGAUGCUCUGUUCCACGCCAAGACAAUGGGGCUCCAUACGGUUUUCACGGACCAUUCGCUGUUUGGAUUUGCUGAUGUCAGCUCCGUUCUCACCAACAAGCUUCUGACGGUGUCCCUGUGUGAUACAAACCACAUCAUCUGUGUGUCUUACACCAGCAAAGAGAACACUGUGCUCCGAGCCGCCCUGAACCCCGAGAUCGUCUCUGUCAUCCCCAAUGCUGUGGACCCCACAGACUUCACUCCAGAUCCCCACAAAAACAGGACUGGUAAAAUGACAAUUGUGGUGGUCAGCAGACUUGUGUACAGAAAAGGAAUAGACUUGCUGGGGGGUAUAAUCCCGGAAAUGUGCCUCAGAUACCCAGAUCUGCACUUUCUCAUUGGAGGUGAGGGGCCCAAGAGAAUCAUUUUAGAGGAGGUACGAGAAAGAUACCAGCUUCAUGACAGAGUUCGGCUGUUGGGCGCUCUGGGACACCACGAGGUGCGGAAUGUCUUGGUGGAAGGUGACAUAUUCCUCAAUACAUCUCUUACGGAAGCUUUCUGCAUGGCAAUCGUGGAAGCUGCUAGCUGUGGGUUGCAGGUGGUGAGUACCAGAGUGGGUGGGAUUCCCGAAGUGCUGCCUGAGGAUUUCAUCAUCCUGCGUGAGCCGUCAGUCAAAUCUCUGUGUGAUGGAUUGGAGAAAGCCAUAGAUCAGCUGAGGACAGGGAAAUUACCCUCGCCUGAGGCCAUCCACAACACUGUGAAGACUUUUUAUACCUGGAGAGAUGUAGCUGAGAGAACAGAGAAAGUAUACGAUCGCGUCUCUAAUGAAGCGGUCUUACCAAUGAAUGAGAGACUUGAGCGUCUUGUAAGUCACUGUGGCGUAGUGACGGGGAGCAUCUUUGCCCUUUUUGUGGUAGCUUGUUUUUUAAUCCUAGUGUUCCUGCGAUGGCAUAGCCCGGACUCCUUGAUUGACAUUGCUGUAGAUGCCACAGGGCCACACGGAGCCUGGUCACAUCAAUACGGCUCUAACAACAGAUCACGAAAGAAGAUGACCAAUGCAAACAGUGAGACCUCGCCAAAAUGAUUUUUUGCUUUUUUUCCUCAAACUUCUCAAGUAUUUUCAGCAGAUCUUGCUGCCUACAAACCAACAAGGUGUUUUCUAUACGGGAUACUUCCUCUUCCUGUAUUUUACUUCAUACAGUCCUCCGUGGUUUAGUAAACCACAUCUCCUCUUACUCCUGAAUCUCUACAUGUGGCUUCUCGGCCUUGUAUUGCACUCCUACAUGCUGCCUAGAAUUACAGCCAGUUUUGUGUGUCAUAGUCCUACUUGUAAUGCUAACUGUGGAACGUCUGAAGCUUGAAAGCCUCAGGUUGAAAGGAACCUUUGCGAUAAGAUGCGUUGCGGUAAAAAGCACAUUGUUAAAUGCGUUGGCUCCUUUCAGUGCCAUUAAUUUCACAAAGCAUGGUGACUCGCUACUGUGCAUUGUGAAAGACGCUUCAUGUCUGUCUGUCUGUCUUUUUUUUAAUUGUCCAUUCUUGUGCUUUGCCAGUCCGUACAGUAUGCAUAGACUGCCUUAAAGGGGUUGUAAAGGUACAAUUUUUUUUUUC